CCUCUCUCUCUCUCUCUCUCUCUCUCUCGCUUGCUUCGGAACAUGGACUCCACAGAGGUCGAGCAACUCGGGCGAGUCAACUCACUCCCCUACGUUGAACUGGCAUCGACGAGCUCGAGCGUGAGCCUGUCCUCGGUACUCACCUCCGAGGACAACAGAAGCGCGACGAGCUCCGGCGAGGUCUCGCGGACGACGACGAGCAGCUCUGGCGAGAUUCCGGCGCUGCUGGUCCCAAGUCUGGUCGACCCAGCGCUCUCGACCGCCGAAGAAGUGAGAGUGGCGGUUGCGCGGCCCAAGUGCGUAGGGAGGAACAACAAGGGAGUGACCUGGGGUUUCACUUCGGUGAUUGGGAGGAGGCGAGAGAUGGAGGACGCCGUCGCUGUGAUUCCGAGCUUCAUGUCUCGCUCGUGCGAUCACGUGGGCGGUUGUACGGCUCCCGGUUCCAGAUCCUCCUCCGAGAUCUCACCCGUUCAUUUCUUUGGCGUCUACGACGGCCAUGGCGGCAAUCAGGUGGCUAAAUUUUGCGCUGAGAGAAUGCAUGAAGUGAUUGCACAGGAGUGGGAUCGAGAAACGAUUGACGGCUAUGAAUGGCAAAGGAGGUGGGAAGCGGCCUUCUCGAUUGGUUUUGAGAGAGCUGACAAUGAGCUCAUGGCAGAGUCAGUUGCGCCGGAGAUGGUUGGAUCAACUGCAGUUGUUACGGUUCUAUCUGGUUGCCAGAUUAUCACAUCUAAUUGUGGUGACUCUAGGGCUCUUCUUUGCCGAGGGACCGAAACAAUCCCCUUAACUGUUGAUCAGAAGCCGGAUAGAGAAGACGAACUCGAGAGGAUUGAAGGAGAGGGAGGGAAAGUCAUAAACUGGAAUGGAGCUAGGGUGUUUGGAGUUCUUGCCAUGUCCAGAGCUAUAGGUGAUAGGUAUCUGAGGCCUUGGAUAAUUCCAGUUCCUGAGGUGACAUUCAUGACGCGGACUGACGAGGAUGAGUGCUUGAUUCUAGCAAGUGAUGGGCUUUGGGAUGUCAUGACUAAUGAAGAAGUUGGAGAGGUGGCUCGUCAUCAUUUAAGAAGGCGGCGAAGGUCAAUCUCCACGCUUGACGAUGUUUCUCCAGCACAAGUUGUUGCCGAUCAUCUCACUGAAAUAGCAUAUGGAAGAAAUAGUUCAGACAACAUAUCCAUUGUCGUCGUUGAUCUGAAAACAAAAAGAAAACGCCAGCAAAGGCUAUGAGGAGGGGGGGAGUGAAUAACACAAAUCUUUUUCUCUCUUUCUAUAAAUCCAAUUCUAUCUCAGCCUCUCAAGGAAUUCAGGAGGCAAGAGCAGGAAAGAUCUAGUGACUGUCAACCGGUUGCGCAUCUUCAGCCUUCAGCAAACUUUAUCUGACCUGUACAGAGCUGACUUGGUCGAUCACUUCAAACUGUAACAACUGGAAACCAGUUUGUUACUGCAGAACACUAGAUCAAUCCUCAAUUUUAAUUGGUUUGGUUGAGACAACAGUAAAAGAUCAUUUUCAUAAGUUGCAAAUUGUUCAAUCAUAUUUGCUUGAAGAAAAGAAAAGAAAAGAAAAGAAGCGCGAUGGCAAGAAAGAUUUCUUUUUAGUUA